AUGGAUAUCACUACCAUUUUGAACAAAAAUCGAUCAGCCGUUGCUGCAGCCGCUGAAGCGCAACUACAACAUCAACUAAGCCAAACAUCGCACAUGAAGUCAAGAUCACCGUCAGAGAUGGGCUCAGAACAUGAUCCGCAGCACCCUGGCCGCCAUACUGAAUCAUAUCAACAAGUUCCUCAGCCUAUACAACUGCCGAAUAUAUCCCAAUACCAUUCACCAAUCCAUGCAAACCAUCACCCCUCGAUCUUACGUGGUGAUUAUUCCCAAAACGGCCAUGAAACCAUGUUUCGAAACGUUCCUGGCACAAGCAGCCCAACAUCAAGAACAAAUGGAGAGCCUGCCCCGAAGUCGUUCCACUGCCAAACCUGUGGUAAGGGUUUCGCUCGACGUAGUGAUUUGGCAAGGCAUGAACGGAUUCAUAGUGGCAUUCGUCCCCAUGUUUGUGAUUGGCCAGGUUGCGGGAAGCAGUUUAUUCAGCGUUCAGCUCUGACAGUUCAUACUCGUGUACAUACCGGCGAGAAACCGCAUAUGUGCGAUCGAUGUGGAAAAAAAACAUUUACUCGUCGCACAACCUUGACUCGACACCAGAAUCAUCAUACCGGUACCAUAGAAGAAGCCGCUGCCGAAACAGAAGCGAAUCUGCGGCAAGGCAAAGUCGUUCGCCCUGGUGAUGGUGUUUACUCAGAGACGGCCUCCACUCAUGGGACAGCUUCACCAGCGCAAAGAAGUUCUCCCUCUCCAAGACAUGAAUUGCCUCCUCUGCAUGCCCAUCGACAGAUGGGCGAUUACUUCAUGGGAAAUAGCUCACUGCCACCACACCUAAGGGGAGAUUUUCAACAAGCAAGCCCUCGUGCAUCCCCAUCUGCCCCUUCGCCCACACUCUCCACCUUCUCUACCUCCCACCCCGCUCGUCCGUCCUUGACAUCGCAUCCUACCGGCUAUGGCCCUCCACAGCCUCUAGAGCCACCGCCCAAUGGCGGAUCUAGGCCUGGUAGCGUGACAGGCAGUCCGCACAUGACGACUGUUGGCUGGGCAUCGCCCUCGUUGAACAGUAUCCCGUCGCCUGGUUCGAUUUCGGCACCUGAAUAUACGUACCCCGAGCCAUCCGGGCCUCCAUUUGCAGGAGGAGUGCCUGCCCAUAUGUAUUACCCGAAUUCGACGAUUCGACGACCACAAAGCACAGAGCCAGAGAAUUACGAACUCAAGCCGAAGAUGGAGGAAAAUUGGACUGCCCACUCCUGA